UGCUCUGUGGGCAGGACACACCAAAACCUGCAGUGGUCUGCUGGACCAGGGCAGUAACCAUGUUUUAUCGACCGGGUUAGACAGAUGAACUAGCUAACUUCCAAGUAAAAGUAAAGUAAAGUGUCUUUUAUUGAACUAUUUAUCUCUAUAUGGUGUUAAAUCACGAUGGCUGAAGCCCGCCGUGAAGAGGAGGACGAGGGGAGCAGAGAGCUGCUGGACGUCCGGACCAGGAGCCUGCAGCCAACAACAGAUCAUCCUGAAAGAACCAAGCCAGAUCAUUUACAUUCAAGCCAAGGGCCUCUGUCUUCUAUACGAGCUGCUAUCAAACGAACAAGAACAAACUCUCAGAGUGACCACACCAGAGAAAGAAGGCGACCAGAGAUCACCAUCGUCUCAGCAGAACCUCUGGCCAGUAACAACUGGUUCCCAGGAACCUCGGUGGUUUUCCCUCGUCCUCCUCAGUCAGGCUGGUCUGCAGGCAUCCAGACUGUUUCACAGCCCCCACCAUCCUAUGACCAGGUGAUUCAAGAGAAGACCCAGGAAGAGCACAUUGUCAAGCCCACUGCAGCCCCCCGCCGGACCACCUGCACCACCACAAGUGCCACGCAGACUGACCCUGUGAGAGAGGACACCUCCUCCACCACCACCGUCCCACAGUGCAGUGCUGCUCCACAUUCGGCAGUGAAAAGACCUGCAGGUAAAAAGCCACAAAAACCACCACGGCCAUCACUGCCGAAACCAUUGGACGGAGAACCAGCCACUGAAACGGUUUCACCUGCUGAUGAGAAGGUUGGAACAAAUACUGCAGUAUCCACAAACACUGAGGACCAAAGUGACUCCAAGUCGCAUCUAAAGCAACCCAACCAAGCAGAUUCCCCUCACACCUGCAGCAGAUCUGUCACCGUACACUGGGAUAUUCAUACAAAACAUAUUUUUGCUACUGCUGAAACUACUCCCUCUUCACCAGACUCAGAACGCAGUCGACGCCCCGUUCCACGUCCUCGUACGAAACCCAGAAAGCAGGCAAUCACAGAAGAGGUCAAAGUCCAGACUUUGGUCGAGCACAGUGAACAUUGUGAUGACAUUCACUCUGAUCCAGAGGAGGUCUCCUCGAAUAAGUAUUUAAAAGAGUUAUUGGAGGUCUUUAGUGCAGAAAACGAGUUUGAGGAGAACGACGACGACAUCGUUAACCAAUCAGACGAGGCCUUACAAGGUGAGGAUGCUGGUGGCGAGAUGACGUCCAACCACAGUCAACGCAAUAUCCGGGCCAGGAUCCAGGCCUUUGAGACCGUGAGUAGCGCCGAGGAGGGAAAUGUGGUUGAACCAGCCAAACCAGAACCUCGACCCAGGACGGCGAAACCUCCAGUUGCUGCAAAACCUUCUGCAGCUUUUAAACCUCAGUUGAACCACACUGUGGUAGAAAAUAUCUAUGAGAACUUAUCGACCAUAAACAUCCCCCAAGCCCCUGCAACAGCCCCCAAACCACAGCCCCCGAAGAAAGCUCUGGAUCUACCCGUAAAGGAGGAACUAGAGACUUUACUCAACAAGACGGCCAUCCUAAACAGACCACGUCCCUCUGUACUGACCAGAGCCAACAGCAUCCAUGAAGAGGACACUCCACCAGUUCCUCCUUCACCUCCAGUGAAGCAUGUAAAGGAACCUCUGAAACCCAACCUGAAUAUAAACAACCACAACUCAGUCUCCAUGGCCACUGAGAACGUGUAUGUGGACAGUCCAUCAAACAAGCCUCAGCGUAAUGAGGACAGCAAUGGAGGCUCUUUCAAAAGACAAAGUUUAACACGGAGACCAACCACCAUCAGGGUCCCCAGCCAAACUGGUUCAUUGUCAGAUAAUCAUCAGGACAGUCCCCCUCCUCUCCCUGCUCAGAAGCCUGUAGGCUCCCUAAACACGUCAGUGAACCACAGCCAAACACCCACUCUCACCCACCAGGAGUCUUUCCAGUUUGAGCCGGAGGCAGCACUACCUGCUCGGAGGCUGGUUUCAAGCAAAACGCUCCCUGCUCGCCCACCUCCAGCCAAAACAGGCCCAGGAAGACCUCCCCCACCCAGCCUUCAGGCCGCAGGUCGAUCCCAUUCAGCGUCAUGGGGAACUUCACCUAAAUCCCAGGCAGAGAAGUCCCACAGGAAGGGACCUGUCUUACCUCCAAGGCCCAACCCAGGCCACAGUCUCUACAACAAAUACACUUAUCCACUUCCUCAUGGGAUUGCUGCUUUUGACUACAAUGGGAGUAAUACAGGAGAACUGUCAUUUCAGCAAAAUGAAGUGCUUCUGCUGUUCGAGGAGAUUAACCACAAUACAUUUGAGUGCCAAAUUGGAGACACCACAGGCAGAGUCGACAAGUCUCGCAUAAAGGUCAUAAAUCCUCUGUCCUCCGUCUCACACACAUCCCCACCACAGGGUACCGGUCCUGCUGGUUCAGUAGGAGCUGGUCAUGAGCUUAAGGUGCAGGCGAUACAUGACUUCAAUCCAGAGGGUCCAGGAGAGCUGAGUCUGAGAGCAGGAGAUGUUGUCACCAUGGUGGAGCAGGUGGACAGUGAGUGGUACAGAGGCACUUGUAGGGGAUCUACUGGUUUCUUUCCGGCCAAUCACGUCAAAGUCCUGUCAAAUUCACCAAAACCCGUCCCUGAACGUAAAGCAAAGCCACCACCACCAAGAGUCAGUGGUCCGAGAUGCGUGGCGAGGUUCGACUUUGAGGGGGAGAACAGUGGUGAACUGACGUUCACUGAGGGGGAUGAGAUCCAGCUGAAGGCGUACGUUGGACAGGACUGGGCUCGGGGACAGCUCGGCGACUCGACCGGUAUCUUCCCUCUUAACUUUGUAGAGGUCAUCGAAGAUCUACCUCCGGCCACAAUUCAGCCGAAGAGAAAGUCCAUCGGGAUAGCACUGCCUGGUAUGGUUAAAUCUCCAGGUACGCGCCCUGAAGUUGCGAAACCUGCUCAGGCAUCUCGGCCUAGUGCGGUGUGGGUGGUGGCUCUGUAUGACUAUGCUGGGACUUCAGACAGCGACCUGUCGUUUCAACAGGGCGACCGUAUCCAGAUCAGCCAGCAAAUUGACGCUGAGUGGAGCAGCGGCCGGCUCAAUGGCAAAGAGGGCAUGUUCCCCAGCGCUUUUGUGGAGAGCAGCACAGCAGGCCAGCAGUCGUCUAAUAAGCAGCAGAGUGGAGCUGCUGGUGGUGGUAGAGCCAGGGCUAUGUUCAACUACACAUCAGAGUGUGAUGAGGAGCUGUCUCUGCAGGUUGGGGAUAUAGUAACCGGUCUGGAGUCCGUUGAUGACGAAUGGUUCCAGGGUGAUUUGAGAGGGAAACGGGCCUUGGUUCCUAAAAACUAUGUACAAAUGCUGUGAUAGCACCGUGUGGCUUUCAGUACAACAAUACACAGACACUGUUGAGUGAUCAGAACUGAAACGAGAUCUGAGGACAGAUGUUUUCGGCAGAAGUGGAAGUCUGAAGUGAACUGCCUUUAACUGGAAUGCAGUAUUUCAUCUCAUAUCGCAACAUCUUUUCUCAUCUGCUGCCUUGAAAUGAAAUGUUCUGUGAAUAAUUUAUCAUGUUUAUAAAUAAACAAAAGUAAAGCUGGCUGGCAAUUUAAA